AUGAAGAUCUGGACUUCGGAACACGUAUUCGAACAUGACUGGGAAACUGUUGUAAAUGCAGCCUGGAGGAAGUAUCCAAAUCCUAUGAAUCAAGGUGUCACAGGCAUGGAUGUUUUGCGGCAGACGUUGCAGGCUGGCAAAAUUUUCUCGGAAAGGCUCAUCCAGUCGCGUUUCCAGAUUCCUUUGUGGGCAACGAAGUUAACAGGGUUCUCCGGAACACAGUACUCACAUGAAUACACAGUCAUUGAUCCUCAGCAACGAACGAUGUCAUUAACUACGAGAAAUCUCAAUUGUUCUUCAUUCCUCCGAGUAGAUGAGAAACUUACUUACACUCCACUCCCUGAAGAUCCUUCAAAAACUAUUCUCAAACAAGAAGCCAUAGUAACUAUAACUCUACCUGCGUUCGUAGAUUACUGCGAGAAAGCGUUUAUAGGUGUCUACUCCUCAAAUGCUGCUAAGGGAAGAAAAGGUGUCGAGUGGGUUAUAGAUCAGUUGAAAAACGAGUACACCGACAUCUCAACGAAAGUCUCUAGCGAAGUGCAAGGAAUGCAGGAGAAGGUUCUAAACGCUUUCAAAGGUGUCAAUCAGUCCACGUCACCGAUAACACCAUAA